CGCCAGGCAUGGCUUCGUACGCUCUGUCGCCGGAUUGAAUGGCGCGCAAUGCCUUCACAUUGAAAUGUUGGUCAGACCAUGCUCAGUGCGACGGUGUGCAAUCAAGUAGGGUUUUUUUUUAUAAGACGUCUCCACGAAGCCGUGACGUCCCGCAAUCUGCUCCACGCCUAUCACUGCUCGGUAUCGUCUGCAACUGCAACGCCGGGAGCUUGAGCUUGAGAGAGAGAGAGGGAGAGAGAAGCUAGCAUGACGAAGACGCAAGGAACCGGAGCCGCGGCGCCGCGCGCGCCGGCGCUGCCGUGGACGGUGCGGUUCCGCAUCUUCGCCCUCGUCACCGCCACCGACAUCGCGCAGCGGCCCGACGGCACGGUCAACCGCUUCAUGGUCUCGCUCGCCGACCGCCAGGCCCGCGCCAGCGCGCGGCCGGACGGGCUCGGCGUCGUGUCCGCCGACGUCGACGUCGACGCGUCACGCGGCCUGUGGGCGCGCGUGUUCUCGCCGUCGUCGUCCGUCGUCGACCCCGCGGCGCCCGCGCUCCCCGUGGUGGUCUACUUCCACGGCGGCGGCUUCACGCUGCUCUCCGCGGCGUCGGCCCUCUACGACGGCAUGUGCCGCCAGUUCUGCCGCGAGCUCGGUGCCGUCGUGGUGUCCGUGAACUACCGCCUCGCGCCCGAGCACCGGUUCCCCGCCGCCUACGACGACGGCGUGGACGUGCUCCGGUACCUCGGGAGCGCCGGCCUCCCCGACCUCGGCGUCCCGGUCGACCUCUCCCGCUGCUUCCUCGCCGGGGACAGCGCCGGCGGCAACCUCACCCACCACGUCGCGCAGCGCUGGACGGACACCGCCUCCGCCCCCAUCCGCAUCGCCGGUAUCAUCCUGCUGCAGCCGUACUUCGGCGGCGAGGAGCGCACGCCGGCCGAGCUGAGACUGGAGGGCGUGGCGCCAGUGGUGAACAUGCGGCGCUCGGACUGGUCGUGGCGGGCGUUCCUGCCGGAGGGGGCCGACCGGAACCACCCUGCCGCGCACGUGACCGGCGAGGCCGCCCCGGAGCCCGAGCUGGCGGAGGCGUUCCCGCCGGCGAUGGUGGUGAUCGGCGGGAUGGACCCGCUGCAGGACUGGCAGCGGCGGUACGCCGCCAUGCUGGAGCGGAAAGGGAAGGCCGUGCAGGUCCUGGAGUUCCCGGAGGCCAUCCACGCGUUCUACGUGUUCCCCGAGCUCAACGACUCCGGCAAGGUCGUGAAGGCGAUCAAGGCGUUCAUGGAUGAGCCGAGGGCGGCGCAGCCCAGCCAGCUCCUCAGCUGCUGAUCCAUCGUCGUCGUGCGGCUCGUGCCUACAACUUGUUGACCGGUGGUGGAGGUCCGUCGCAUAGCCCUCCCGCGACGAACACAUCCUCGGACAACACCAGCGGUGGACAGAGCAGCUCUAGGCCCCCAACGACGUCAAAAAGCAGUAGAAGAGAGCGUCUUUUGGUGCACAUGGAUCUUGUUUAUCUAUCAUGCACUACUGUAAUUUGAAUUAUUUUUGUAGUAGACUUGUAAUGUGCACUUUGUGGUCAUGUAUUAGUACUACUAUUAUUAGACGUGUAAUGGACCACACUUUGUGCAAUCGAGUAUAUUGUAAUGCUCUAUCAAACGGGUAAUGUGAUAUCUACAAUUUUAUGAUGGGCAAUCAA